AGGUUUGAACCAUAAAGAUUGUCAUUAAGACAGCGCACCGCUGCUGUGCACGUACUUGGCCCAACUACCGUGUUUUUGCAGGAUUCUAGUUUAUUUUUUAUUUGUUUUGAAAAUGACCAUCAAAACAUUUUUAAUUGAACAUGAUGAAGUAGAUGGGAAAACUCAUUUUACAAAUGGAGAUACAAUCCAAGGAAGAGUCAUUGUGGAAAUUUUGAAGGAAGCGGAAAUCAAAUCACUAACAUUAAUUGUGGAAGGAUACGAAAAAUUUCACCUGACAACUGUUUUCUUAUCAAGGCAUGGAUCUGUUACAAAUUCCUACCCAUCUGUGGAGCAUUUCUAUAAGGUGAAACAAGAUCUCUUGAAAACAGGGCCCCAAAUACUUGGCGAAGGAAGACACAUGUUUCCUUUUUCCUUCACGAUUCCUGACAAAGAAAUGACAUCUUCCUCAAAUUGGGCUCGUCAUAAGUUAAAAGCAAAGCUCAAACAACCUAAGAAGAGGGACAAAAAGGUUAAAACCAAAUUCAUAUUUGAGCAAAAGGAAGACACGGAUGACUCUCAACACAUGGAACCUCAGCAUGUUUGCAUCGAGCAUAAUUUCAAACACUUUGGCUCUGGAACAGUAAUAAUGAAUGUUUACACUGAACAAAUGGCCUACAAACCAAAUGAAACUCUGAAUAUCAAAGUUGAUAUCAACAACCAGUCAACUGUUUCAGUGAGACCCACAUUCACAAUCUACAGGAAGCAAACGACACUGCUUCCGGGUCAGAGGAUAAUCACAACUUCGGAGGUACUUCAAAGUAUAAACAAGGCUGACAUCAUUGCUGCAGACAGCCAAGUGACUAUUAACAAGAAGAUCCCCUUGGAAAAACUAUUUGGUCCCAUCUUCGGUGCAGCCAAGAAUGAGUAUCUACUGAAGGUCUGUUUGAAACCGACUCGUAAGUUCGCAGAACAGAGAAUACUUGUCUUCCGUGACCAUUCUCUGCUUGUCACACAACAAUUUGCACACCUGGCGUUAAUGAGUCACGGAUUGUCCCAUCAUCCUGCGUAUUUCUAAGACACGGGUCUGUCCUCUGUGGUUUUGAAAAAUGGUGGUGUUCUUUUUUUGUUUGUGUGGUGUUACAAAACUUGCCCAAAUUAACAAUCGCAGACAUUCUUCACCAGCAUCACGGCACUGCACAGCAGCUGCAGAAAGGAAGGCUUGUCAAAAGACAGUCGAAGCUGUUCACAAGAUUGUGGGGAACAGCCUCCCCACAAUCACAGACCGGAUCUUCUCACUGAUAGAUCGAUUACGUCCACCCCUCCAUCUAUUUUCAUCCAGGCGCAGGUUGUUGAGAGAGCAGUUUUAACAUGAAUGCCAGACUUCGCUGUCUCGAACCACCUCCUGUCCUUUCAAUGGCUCAAAACGCAGACAUUUCCUCGAGUAACUCAAUUAAGCAAACUGACAAUCCAAAAUGUGUUGUUUUAGGCAGAGCAACACCAAGUGGUGUAUUGCGGUAUUGCCGCUGAAAUUCAUCGACCCACACUUUCACUGUGGACUUUUGAGUCCAUCUCUGAGACCUUGGAUCUGGCACCGCGUCUCCCUCCUAAGGCCUUGGACAGUUUACAGGUACCUAGAAAAUCGGGCCCAAAACUCCUGCCUGCAAUCAUGUUUUUGUUUUGGCCACUGCCAACGCUGCACACUCAAAAGGAGACAAAUGAUGCAAAAAAUAAAAAUAAAAAAUCUAUAAUUUAAAACAGCUCACGGUUGCCAUCAUAACAUACAUUGUCUGAAACGUGCUUUUUAUCACAAAUACCCCAAGGUCGAGAAUUACCGGUAAAUCUUUUCAGUGCAUUCAAGUAAGUGCUGUUUAUCAGAAGUUAA